AGUGGCACCUUUGGGGUCAGGUAGCUCUGGGCAUAGGGACAAGGGAACUGGGAUGGAGGGACAAAAGGGGACAAGAACGGUGAGGAUGUGGCCAUGGGGAUGGGAUGAUGGGGAUGGGAUCUUGAGCUGGUGGGUGUGACCUGGGCCAGCAUGGGCUGUGUCCAUGGUGUCCUCGUGCCCGGGGUGUCCACAGUGUCCCCAUGUUGUGCCUCAGCCCAGGGUGGCCUCAGUGUCCCUGUUCCCAAGGUGUCUGUGCCACAGGGAUGUGGUGCACGGGUGGCUGUGACACAGACAUGUCCCCCUGCCACGCCAAAUCUUUUGGGGACCACCCAGACACGUUUACCCACAAGAACUGCUGUCCGCAUGGGGACAGUUUGGGGACAGCCCCCACACCCUGUAACUCGUGAGCCGCUGUCCCCACGGUGCCACCCCCACCCAGCCCUGUCCCUUCUCCCUUCCAGCACAGACCCUCGGCCUCGCUGGUGAGUCCUCGGGGGAUGCCAUGGCCCCACCCCGCUGUCCCCAGCCCCGCGCUGGCCCCGCCAGGCUGGUGUCCCCUGUCACCCACAGGUGCCCAGACCACCCAGCUCCUCCUGGAGCCCCCCUGGAGGCCACCGGUGUUGUGGGACCCAGUGACACUGACCUGCCAGGGCUCAGGGACCGCUGGUGACACCACCUGGUACAGGGACGGGCAGUGCUGGUGGCAGCAGGGAAUCGACUGCCUCACUGUCACCCUGAGUGGCACCUACAUGUGUGACAGACCCGGCAGAGGGCGCAGCGCCCCCGUGACAGUCUCACACGACGAUCUGGUGCUGCAGGUGCCGGCGCGGGCGCUGCUGGAGGGGGACACGGUGACAUUGCGCUGCCGGGCCUGGCAGAACAACACGGUCACCAGGGUGUCCUUCUACCAUGAGUGGAAGGAACUGGGGGGACUCCGAGAUGGCACCGAACUGUCCCUGUCCCCUCUGCAGCUGAGCCACAGCGGCAGCUACCACUGCAAGGGCUGGUUGGAACUCUGGGCGUUAGAGAAGUUUUGGGAGUCGGCACCAGUGACAGUGACAGUGCACGUGCCCGUGGCCAAUGCCACCAUCACCCCCGCUCCCCUGGCACACCAGGUGCGCCCAGGUGACAACGUCACACUGCACUGCUCAGUGCAGGUGGGCUCAGCCCCUGUCACCUUCACCUGGCUGCACAAUGGGCACGAGGUGGCUCGGGGUCCCCUCCUGGAGCUCAGGGACAUCGAUGUGGGACAUUCGGGCACCUACCAGUGCGUGGCCACCAACCGGCUGGGACAGGACGGGCACCGCGUGUUCCAGGCACUCAGCCCUGAGCUGGAACUGGAGGUGACACCUUGGUCACCCUGGGUCACAGGGAUCACAGGGGUCGGUGGGACCCUUUUGUUCCUGCUCCUGCUCGUGGGUGUCAUUGUGGCCUGGCACUGGUGGCACCAUGUGGAUGCCAGGAAGCACCAGCAAAGGGCACCCCCAGAGCCCCUGGCACCCUCCGUGGAGGAUCCUCAGGCGACGUACAUGGAGCUGCAGUGGCUACCGUGGGAACCCAGGGACAUCUAUGACAAUCUACACCAGAAGUUGUGAUGCUCUGGGAAGCGGGAGGCACUGGGUGACACUGGGGGUGCUCCCUCCAUGGCUCCUGUGCUUGCCCAUCCUUCCAAGGGAGGUGGGCAUGGGUCAGGGGGAGGCUACACAGGGCACCCUCUGCUCCCCAUUUCCUCUCCCACUACCCCCAAGGGCUCCCCCAUCCCUUUGCUCGUACCUGCAGGGCCUCCCCAGCCCCAUCCCAGUGCCCAAGUACCCUCAGUGACUGCCCUAUUCUCUCCCCACGGUGAUUGCAGUACAGCCAGGGCUUCCCCAUUCCCCCUCCCACUACCCCUGUCCCAUCCCGCUGUAAAAGGGGGAGUUGGGGAGGAUUCCUUCUGAAAGGUUUCUCAGAUGAAAAAGAAGCACAAACAUGGCUAUAUUAUAUCUGAGCACUGUUUCUUGAUGAAGGAGGGUAAGUGUUCUUACCAAAGGGGGAGAGAAGGGAGUAGAAAGGGAAAAGGACAGAGAGAGAAACAGAGGACAGGGACAGCGUUACCACAAGAAGCCCGGGCGCUCUGUGGGCAUCAGCUCGGCAGAUGGAGUGUGUGUGCUGCAAGCCACAGCCAGCCCACAUGGCCUUUGUGAGUGGCUGGGUGUGAUCUCCAAGGAUGGCACCUGCGUGUCUCUGGCAUCGGCCAGCGAUGGCUGCAGGCUGGCUGCUGCGGGCUGGCUGCGGGCUGGUGCUGCAGCACUGCUGGCUCUGGGCUGGCUGCCGUGGGCUGGUGCUGCGGUGGGCAGGUGCAGCAGGCUCGGUGCUGUGGGCAGCAGGGGAAACGGGGCAGAGGCAGCAGGUGGGUGGGUUCAGGCAGCAUCCGCUCCGUUGGGGAACCAAUGAAGGAACGUCCAGGAGGAGCAGGAAUGAGCUGGCUCGGGGAAGCAGCAAAGCAGGGAAGAACGGGUGUGGACAGGGAAGAAGGACCACAGGGAAGAAAAGGCAAGGGCAGGGAGCAUCGGUGAUAUUUUUGCCUGAUGUCCAGGAGGAAUGAUGCAUCUAACUCCAUCUUAUCACAAGGCUAAUUAAGUACUUUAUUAUACUUGUCUUGGUUUGGAUAAGACAGGUGCUUGCUAAAGAAGGCAGGAGCUUCCCCUGAAAUGGCGAAUGCAAACCCUCCGCACCCCUCUAAAUUGCUAUGAAUUUUAAAUUAAGGGGCUCUCAGGUAAAAAAAUACGGGAGCAGGAAAUAACAGCUCUUUAAUAGGGAAGGGGGGAAAAAAAACAUAAAAUGAUAAAAUAAAAACAAUGCAGUACACUAAAAUGACAGAGCUGGAACUCAACCUGACGCCCUGUUGGUCAGGGUGCCGGCAGCAGUCCAAUUGGAAAAGUGGCUGCAGUCCUCCUGAGGUGUCAGGUGUGGUUCUGUUGGAGCAGGGGGUCCUGUAGAAAAAGGGUGAUUCUUCCUCCACAGAUCCGUGGAAGUAGAAGCAGCUGCUGUUCCUCUGGUGAAUCCAGUGGAGAAGCUGUACUGGUGUGUCAGAAUCUCCUGAUUAUAUCUGGAUAGCAAUGCUCGGCUCCUCCCUCUGGGCGGAGCAUCUCACAAUGGGAUGUUACAGUUCUUAUCAGCCAUGCAGGGACACUCAAUAGCCUCUUAUCACGGGAUGCCCCCUGCUGAGGGAGGAGUGAUUGUGAUCUGUCAGGGAGAGAGAUAAGGGGAAAUUGCCCACUUAACACCUAGACAACUGCCAUACAGAUGGUAAUAGAAUACAUCCUGCAUUGCAAUCCAGAACAAUACUAUAUUAUAUUACCUCUGAACUGAAUCUGCCAAGCACUCAGCUGCACUCCACUGCACACAAUCUCAUGACUGUCAGCCAUCAGCCCCAACACAAAGACACACCUGGAUUCAAUUGGUCAGUGAAUCAAAACACUCACACCAGAAUCCAAUCACCAAUUCCCUUCAGGUAAACAAUCCCCCACAAUGCAUUCCACUUGUGAACAACACAGGAGCAGAAAAUGAGAUAAGAAUUGUUUGGAUCAUUUUUGCUUCUCUCACUGCUUCUCCCAGGUUCAGAGAAUGUGAAUCCCACAGGGGAGGAGGGCCAAGCUGACCCUCCGAGCAAGCCCCUCAUCCCUCCAAGAAACCCAAAGCAAAACGCUCCUCUUGUGUCACAGUUUGCUGCAUUUAUUUCCAAAGGCUCCUCCCACAGCACGAUUUCCUGGGCA